ACCGACAAAGGCCAGCCCCCUUUUUUUUUUUUCUUCCUCCAUGCGGAUUUGGCCUCCACCGUCGUUACUUUUACGUGUAAUCGCGAUUACUAAAAUUGGAUUACGACCCGCACCGUCCUUUUUCCGGUCAUUUUGGCGGAUAUCCAGGCUUUUGUCAGAUGGACGCCUCGCCAAAUGAAAGCUGCGGGGAGAGCAAGUCGGCCAUGCACACUUGGCGUUAUCGCCACCAUUUCACCUACAAGGCAGAUCAAGGGAAGAACAUCAUCGUGCAGUGUAAUCUGUGUCUGCCGCGGGUCAACCUGCUCUCCACCUCCAAGACCUCCACCUCCAACCUCAAGAAGCAUUUGGACAGAACCCAUUUAGGAUGUGAGGCCAGGCCAGAUGCCAAAAAAGGACGGAGGCGGGAGGAGUACAACGGCGAGGACGGUCGACAGGGUCAACUGAAACGGCUGAAAGCGGAGAUCAUCUCCAAAUGCAUGAACCAGGCCAAGAUCGACCAGCUCAUCUUCAACUACAUGGUGGAGGACUGCCAGUCAUUCCACGUGCUGGAGCAGCCGGGUUUCCAGAAGCUCAUUGCCGGCUUAACCGAGGGUCUCAGGUCCAUGGACAGGAUCACGUUGUUCGCCAAGGUGGACCUGAGUUUCUCCAAGAUGCGCAUGGAGCUGAUGGCUAAACUGGCCACGGUCCAGUACGUGUGCACCACGGCGGACGUGUGGAGCGCCAACAACGGCAGCUUCUUCGGCAUGACGUGCCACUGGAUCGACGGACACUCGCUGGAGAGGAAGUCCGCCGCCCUGGGCUUCGCCAGACUGCAGGGUAGGUUGACGCACGACAGCCUGGCGGGGAAGAUCCACGACAUCCACUCGGCGUACAACAUUGAAAGUAAAGUCCAGACCACAGUUACCGACAACGCCAGCCCCUUCGUCAACGUCUUCAAGGAGUUCGCGUUGGACAGCACGGACAGCGACGACGACAUCGGGAUGUUUGACAACGUGAGCGCCGUUUUGGAAGGCGAGCCGGAGCAGGACAUGCUCCUGUUCCUGCCCACGGUGCAACGCUGCGCAUCGCACACUUUGGAGCAGAUCGUCACCGAGGACUUUUGGCGGGCUGUGUCACAAGGACCCACGUGCCAGCUUUACUACGGCACCAUGUCCAAGGUCUACUCCAUUUGGAGCAAAUGCCACCAUCUCCAAGUCGGCAUGGAGGCGGCGGAGGAGAUCAGGAAGAUGCCGCUGUUCGUUCCGUCGGUGGUACGCUGGAACGCGGAGUACGCCGCCCUGCAGAAGAUCGUCUCCCUCACAGAGCGAGAGCUGACGGAGCUGUCGGCGCGCUUGGACGUCGCGCGGCUGCAGCCCGAGGAGACGGACUUCCUCAAAGAGUACGUCAGCGUCUUCCACCCGCUGGCGUUUGCGCUGGAGCUUUUCCAGGCGGAGCAGAAGUGCUACCUGGGCCUGGUCAUCCCGACCGUGCUCAGUCUGAAGAACAAGCUCAACGAGCACAAGGACGCCGCGAAGUACUUCGGCGACGUCAUCGUCGCCAUGGUGGCAGCCAUCAACGUGAGGUUCAGGGAGUUGUUCUCCAGCAGCGAGGCCAAGUUUGCCACGGCGACCACGCCUCAGUUCCGCCUGUGGUGGCUGGCCGCCUCCGAGAGGGAGGAGAUGUGCUCCCAGCUCGCCACCAUGGCGUCCCUGGUGGAGCCGGCCGACCUGGCCGAGACCAACCCCUGCCGCAACGUGUCCACCAUCGAAUCGGAGGACGAUUUUUUCAGCUACGGCUCGGCGAAAAAUUCCUCGAUCAACCAGGAGCGGGGAGUUACGGAGGAGAUCCGGUCGUACGUGGAAGGAACGGGGAAGAGCUUGGAGUGCCUGCAAGACUUCCCCAGGGUGAAGCAGCUCUUCCUCAAGUACAAUACCACGCUGCCGUCCACCGCGCCCGUCCAGAGGCUCUUCAGCCAGAAAGGCAACCUGGUUACCCUGCAAAGGAACUUUCUAACCGACGACUACUUUGAACGCAUCCAGCUGCUCAGAUACAACAGUAACCUGUGCUCUUUGCUCAAUGAAUGAUAGGAACCUCACUUCCGUGUUUAACUGACAAUCAGGGCGAAUGUGACUUUAGGAGGAUUCUUUUUGGUAGCCACCAAGUUUGGUUUUUGAGUUAAUUCGUGUUUUUCUACAACUGUUGAGUCAGAAUUCACCUCAUUUAUGUAUUUUGUAUAAUGCAUUAAUAGUUUGAAAAGAGCUUUUACGUUCAUUUUGUUUUACCCAUUUGGGAAGUACUACUGCUGAUGCACACGCUCGUUCAUUUUCAGAUCAAAGUAUGUACGGAAUAUAUACAUCGAGUAUGUAAGAAAUAACCAUUAAAACACAACACGUAUUUACCAUAAACUGAAUUCAGAUUAAA